GCGCGCAGCACUGGGCGCCGCACCUCAGCUCCUGCAGAAGCGAGGAUGGGGGAGCAGCGGGUGCUGCUUCUAGUCGGAUUCCUACUGCCUGGGCUCCUGCUCUCGGAGGCCGCCAAAAUCCUGACUGUAUCCUUGUUGGAUGGAAGCCAUUACUUCCUGUUGGAGCGAGUGUCUCAGAUUCUUCAAGAUCACGGUCAUAAUGUCACUAUGCUUGUUAAUACUGGACCUAUUUUAGACCCAGAUUUAAAAAAGAAGGGAAAAUCAUUUCAAGUUAUCAGUUGGUUUCUAUCUGAAGAUGAUGUAAAUGAAUUAAGGAAACGUUUUCAUUUCUUUGUCACAGAAGCUUUGCAUGGCAGAGAAGCACUUGUAAACCUUGUAAGGAUAAUAGAACAUUUGGGGACUCGAUGCAGUUACUUGCUAAGAAGUGAUAUCAUGGAUUCCUUGAAGAACGAGAAUUUUGACCUGAUGGUUGUUGAAGCAUUUGACUUCUGUUCAUUCCUGAUUGCUGAGAAGCUUGAGAAGCGCUUUGUGUCUGUUCUUCCCACACCAUUUGGCAGUGCAGACAUUGGGCUUCCAAGCGCAGUGUCUUAUGUGCCAGUACACUUUUCCUACCUAACCAGCCCCUUGGACUUCUGGGGCAGAGUGCAGAAUUUUCUGUUGUCAUUUCAUUUCUCCAUGAGACAGUGGCAGAUGCACUCUGCCUUUGACAAGACCAUCAAGGAGCAUUUCCCGGAAGGCUCGAGGCCAGUUUUGUCUCAUCUUCUAAAGAAAGCAGAGCUGUGGUUUGUUAACUCUGACUUUGCCUUUGAAUAUGCUCAGCCCCUGCUUCCCAACACUGUGUAUAUUGGAGGCUUAUUGGCCAAACCUAUUAAACCAGUGCCACAGGAACUUGAGAAUUUCAUCACCAAGUUUGGAGACUCUGGUUUUGUCCUUGUGGCCCUAGGCUCCAUGGUGAAUGACUGUCAGCCCGAUGAGGUUCUCAAGGAGAUGAAUGCUGCCUUUGCUUGUCUCCCUCAAGGGGUGAUAUGGAACUAUAAGGCUUCUCAUUGGCCCAAAGAUAUCAAAUUGGCAGCAAAUGUAAAACUCAUGGAUUGGCUUCCUCAAAAUGACCUUUUGGGUCACCCUCGCAUCUGUCUUUUUGUCACCCAUGGUGGGAUGAAUAGUGUCAUGGAGGCCAUCCAACAUGGUGUGCCCAUGGUGGGGAUUCCUAUCCUUGAAGACCAGCAUGAAAAUAUGCUCCGAGUUGAAGCCAGAAAUUUUGGAGUCUCUAUCCAGUUAAAGCAGUUGAAGGCUGAGACACUAGUUCUAAAGAUGAAGCAAGUCAUGGAAGACAAGAGGUACAAAUCUGCUGUGGUGGCCGCCAGCAUCAUCAGGCGUUCCCACCCCCUGACCCCCGCCCAGCGGCUGGUGGGCUGGAUCGACCACAUCCUCCAGACAGGGGGUGCGGCGCACCUCAAGCCCCAUGCCCUCCAGCAGCCGUGGUAUGAGCAGUACCUGCUCGACGUCCUCUUGUUCCUGCUGGUGGCCACCCUGGGCACCGCGUGGCUCUGUGGGAAGCUGCUAGGCCUGGUGGCCAGGUGGCUGUGCGGGUCCAGGAAGCUGAAGAAGGCCUGAUGCCAAAUGCAGUCUUGGGGGCAUUGUUGGGGAGCCCCUGGCUCUCUGAAGGCCUCCCUCAGCACUGUCCACCCCUGGUGUCCUCCCCUCGCCUCUACUUACAGAUGACACACCGACUGCUCUCCACUCUUUUCUGCCUCUGUUUAGAAAGCCUUAGGAUGAACUCGUACUGCUUUUGAAAAAAUUGUAGUUAAAUAUAUAUCCCAUAAAAUUUUCCUUUUUAAUCAUUAA